GCACUAUUAUAUAGUUCUGGAUUUUUUCAGUAUACCUAAGAAGUUUCUGAAACUUUUUUUUCACCAAGAAGAACCUAUGCGAACCCCAAAGACUUUAAAGAUUGCCGAGAUACAGGCAAGACGCAUUGCUGUGGACUGGGAAUCCUUGGGUUACAACAUUACUCGUUGCCAUACCUUUAAUGUCACUAUCUGCUACCAUUACUUCCGUGGUCACAACGAGAGCAAGGCCGACUGUUUGGACAUGGAUCCCAAGGCCCCUCAGCAUGUUGUGAACCAUCUGCCACCUUAUACAAAUGUCAGCCUCAAGAUGAUCCUAACCAACCCAGAAGGCAGGAAGGAGAGUGAGGAGACGAUUAUUCAAACUGAUGAAGAUGUGCCUGGCCCUGUACCAGUCAAUUCUCUUCAAGGAACAUCCUUUGAAAAUAAGAUUUUCUUGAACUGGAAAGAGCCUUUGGAUCCAAAUGGAAUCAUCACUCAAUAUGAGGUUAGCUACAGCAGCAUAAGAUCUUUUGAUCCUGCAGUCCCAGUGGCUGGACCUCCACAGACUGUAUCAAAUUUAUGGAACAGUACACACCAUGUCUUUAUGCAUCUCCAUCCUGGAACCACGUACCAGUUUUUCAUAAGAGCCAGCACAGUCAAAGGCUUUGGGCCAGCCACAACCAUCAAUGUGACAACCAACAUCUCAGCUCCAACUUUGCCUGACUAUGAAGGAGUUGAUGCCUCUCUCAAUGAAACUGCCACCACAAUAACUGUAUUGUUGAGACCAGCACAGGCCAAAGGUGCACCUAUCAGCGCCUAUCAGAUUGUUGUGGAAGAGCUGCACCCACACCGCACCAAGCGCGAGGCCGGAGCAAUGGAAUGCUACCAGGUUCCCGUCACCUACCAGAAUGCCAUGAGCGGGGGCGCACCCUACUAUUUUGCAGCAGAGCUCCCCCCAGGGAACCUUCCGGAACCUGCCCCAUUCACAGUGGGGGACAACAGGACGUAUCAGGGCUUUUGGAACCCCCCUUUGGCUCCACGCAAAGGGUACAACAUCUAUUUCCAGGCAAUGAGCAGUGUGGAGAAGGAAACUAAAACCCAGUGUGUACGGAUUGCUACAAAAGCAGCAGCAACAGAAGAACCAGAAGUGAUUCCAGACCCAGCCAAGCAGACAGACAGAGUGGUGAAAAUAGCAGGAAUCAGUGCUGGAAUUUUGGUGUUCAUCCUCCUUCUUCUGGUUGUCAUAUUAAUUGUGAAAAAGAGAUAUAUAUGUUGGAGAAGACACAUCUGCAUUAGAAAUAUUAGGAGGAGCUACUAUUCUUACUCCUACUACCUCAAGCUUGCUAAGAAACGCAAAGAUGCUCUGGGGAGCACGCGGCAGGAGAUGACCCACAUGGUGAACGCUAUGGAUCGAAGUUACGCUGAUCAGAGCACGCUGCAUGCAGAAGAUCCUCUUUCCAUCACCUUCAUGGAUCAACAUAAUUUUAGUCCAAGAUUGCCCAGUGAUCCACUUGUGCCGACUGCUGUGUUAGUCCCUAUAACUGAUGAGAACCACAGCGCUACAGCAGAGUCCAGUCGCCUUCUUGAUGUACCUCGCUACCUCUGUGAGGGGACAGAGUCCCCAUACCAGACAGGACAGCUGCACCCAGCCAUCAGGGUGGCCGACUUACUGCAGCACAUUAAUCUCAUGAAGACAUCAGACAGCUAUGGGUUCAAAGAGGAAUAUGAGAGCUUCUUUGAAGGACAGUCGGCAUCUUGGGAUGUAGCUAAAAAAGAUCAAAAUAGAGCAAAAAACCGAUAUGGAAACAUUAUAGCAUAUGAUCACUCCAGAGUAAUUUUGCAACCUGUCGAAGAUGACCCUUCUUCAGAUUACAUUAACGCCAACUAUAUAGAUAUUUGGCUGUACAGGGAUGGCUACCAGAGACCAAGCCACUACAUUGCAACACAAGGCCCAGUUCAUGAAACAGUGUAUGAUUUCUGGAGAAUGAUCUGGCAAGAACAAUCUGCCUGCAUUGUGAUGGUUACAAAUUUAGUUGAGGUUGGCCGGGUUAAGUGCUAUAAGUAUUGGCCUGAUGAUACUGAAGUUUAUGGUGACUUCAAAGUAACUUGUGUAGAAAUGGAGCCACUUGCAGAAUAUGUAGUUAGGACAUUCACCCUGGAAAGGAGGGGAUACAAUGAGAUCCGUGAAGUUAAACAGUUCCAUUUCACUGGCUGGCCUGACCACGGAGUGCCCUAUCAUGCUACGGGGCUUCUUUCCUUCAUCCGCCGAGUCAAGUUCUCUAACCCCCCCAGUGCUGGCCCCAUCGUUGUGCAUUGCAGUGCUGGUGCUGGACGAACUGGCUGUUACAUUGUGAUUGAUAUCAUGCUGGACAUGGCUGAAAGAGAGGGUGUUGUUGACAUCUACAACUGUGUCAAAGCCUUAAGAUCCCGUCGUAUCAAUAUGGUCCAGACAGAGGAACAGUACAUUUUUAUUCAUGAUGCCAUUUUAGAAGCCUGCUUAUGUGGAGAAACUGCCAUACCUGUCUGUGAAUUUAAAGCUGCAUAUUUUGAUAUGAUUAGAAUAGACUCCCAGACUAACUCUUCACAUCUCAAAGAUGAAUUCCAGACCUUGAAUUCAGUCACCCCUCGACUACAAGCUGAAGACUGCAGCAUAGCAUGCCUGCCAAGGAACCAUGACAAGAACCGUUUCAUGGACAUGCUACCACCUGACAGAUGUCUGCCUUUUUUAAUUACAAUUGAUGGGGAGAGUAGUAACUACAUCAAUGCUGCUCUGAUGGAUAGCUACAGGCAGCCAGCUGCCUUCAUCGUCACACAGUACCCUCUGCCAAACACUGUAAAGGACUUCUGGAGAUUGGUGUAUGAUUAUGGCUGUACUUCCAUUGUGAUGUUAAAUGAAGUGGACUUAUCCCAGGGCUGCCCUCAGUACUGGCCAGAAGAAGGGAUGCUACGAUAUGGCCCUAUCCAAGUGGAAUGUAUGUCUUGUUCAAUGGAUUGUGAUGUGAUAAACAGGAUUUUUAGGAUAUGCAAUCUAACAAGGCCACAGGAAGGGUAUCUGAUGGUACAGCAGUUUCAGUAUCUAGGGUGGGCUUCUCAUCGAGAAGUGCCUGGCUCCAAACGGUCCUUUUUGAAACUGAUACUGCAGGUGGAAAAGUGGCAGGAGGAAUGUGAGGAAGGGGAAGGCCGGACGAUCAUCCACUGCCUAAAUGGUGGUGGGCGAAGUGGUAUGUUCUGUGCUAUAGGGAUUGUUGUUGAAAUGGUGAAACGGCAAAAUGUUGUCGAUGUGUUCCAUGCGGUCAAGACACUAAGGAACAGCAAGCCCAACAUGGUGGAGGCUCCGGAGCAGUACCGUUUCUGCUAUGAUGUAGCUUUGGAAUACCUGGAAUCAUCUUAGCUGGGUGAGACCUCAGCAUCCAGACAGAAACCUUUUCCUCUGUUGAGCCAGCUGCUGUUGUACCUAUUACACCUGUGCAGAAAGAUUUUAAUGUGGGGGGCGGGAGACUUUUCCAUUUGAGAGGUGAAAGUAUUUUUCUUAUGGAGUUGUGUAUCUUAAUAAAAAAUGACUCAAUUAGUUUCUAUUACUGUAUGAAAGCAUCCACAUUUCGUGCCACAUAAAUUAUAUUUAAUAAGAACCAGAUUCAAAUGAGACUUAUCAGUGUUUGUACAGUGAAUUGCAGCCGUUUUUCUCCUGGUUUUGCUAGCGCAGCCACCACAUGUUGCAUGAAUUAGUACUUUCUAUGUGGCAUUUUUCUCCCUUUUUUAGAUAAAAGAUGUUAACUCUUUAAAGGAAGAAGAAAGAAAAGCUGUGCAAAUUCAUAGUAAAGUUCAUUUUCUUAUGUUUCAAGUGUAGCAGAUCUCUAUAUAAAUAUAUAAAUAUAUAUAACUGGCUUAUUUUCUCUUAAUGUGCAAUGAUGGCUGGAUCAUUAAAAGUUCUUUUUAGAAAAACAAAAAACAAAACAUAAGCCAAAGACUCAAGUGUAAAUAUGUCUAUAUGGAGAAAGCACAUUAUAUUUAUUGGUUACUGACAUUCCUUUUUUUGAUGGCUAAAAUACUACCACCACAAUCAUUUUUUUUUUGAAGAAAGCUUUUUCUUUCACUAAAAUCAAUUGUAAACGAUUUUUGUAGAUUAUUUUUUGUAUGUUUUAGUGUAAGUAGAGGAUAAACUUUUUAUUCAUAAAUCAGGAAGCAGUGCUCUUUAUAGUGAUUCUCUUGUGUACAUGCUUGUGAAUUAAAUUGAUGUAAAACACCUUGGCAAUUGGGUCUUUAUUAAUAUAGGACCAAAUUAAAACAUUUUGCUGAAAAUGUAUAAUUUUUCACAAUUUCACUAGUUAAAGAGAUAAUGGUUUGGUGAUCAUAUAUGAGAAUCAAACACAUUCAAAGGCCUUGCUGGUGAUGCAAUAUUGAACAUAGCCUUUAAGCAUCAUUUAAAUUUUAAAGGCAUUGAUUUUUCAGCCUAUGACCAAGCACUGGUCAAGAAAACAAAAUGGCAACAUUUAUAAUUUCAGGGUCAAGCUUUAGCAAACUGUAAACUGUCAAGGUGAUAAAAUGUUUUGCUUUUGUUUUUGUUUUCAUUUUUUUGGAUGUUUACAUGCACAAGCUUCAGGUUCUGACCAUAGAAAGUGUGGACAAAUCAAUGCCACAUUCCUGUUUCGUGCAUUGUCGUGGGAGUCUCAAGUGAACCUUUUUAAAUGUGGUCUAGUCCACGUUCUCCCUGUAGCUGUAAGUAACUUCACAUCACCAGCUUGCAGUUUAUUAUUGACUAAAGCAUUCCAGUAUCCUCUUUCUAGAUUGCCAGUACAUGACAUGGUGCUUAUAAAGAUUGGAUUAAAGUAAGAGUGAAUAAAGUUUUUAUAAUUACAA